AUGGAACUAUUCUUCAUACCAUCACCUGGUGACGGCCAUCUCCGGCCAUUAGUGGAGGUUGCUAAGCUUCUUGUCGACCGUGAGGAUCAUCUCUCCGUCACCAUCGUCAUCAUUCCUCCAAUGCAUGGAUUCGGUACCGGAAACUCUUCCUCUUACAUCGCUUCUCUCUCCACCGCCUCCGAACACCGUCUUCGCUACAACGUUCUCUCCGUCGCCAAAAAACCAAAAUCCGAUGAUGACCCCAAAACUAGUUUCCUCUCCUAUAUCGAAAGCUUCAAGCCGCAGAUUAGAGCCACGGUGGAAAAACUCACCGACCCGGCUCAAGCCGAGUCGUCGCCAAAGCUUGCCGGAUUCGUGGUGGAUAUGUUCUGCACGGGGAUGAUCGAUCUCGCCAACGAGUUUGGUGUUCCGAGUUACCUGUUUUACACCUCCAACGCUACGUUUCUUGGGUUGCAGGUACAUUUUCAGUACCUUUACGACGUUGAGAAACUCGACGUCAGCGAUUUGAAGGACUCGGAGACCACCACUGAGUUAGAAAUACCGAGUUUGACUCGUCCUUUUCCGGUUAAGUGUAUCCCUUCCGUGAUGCUAAACAAGGAGUGGUUACCGAUUAUACUUGGGCAAGCCAGAAGGUUUCAAGAAACUAAGGGUAUUUUAGUAAAUUCGUUUGCUGAGCUUGAGCCACAAGCUAUGAAGUUUUUCUCCGGUGGAGAUCGUCCUCUUCCUCCGGUGUAUCCAGUGGGACCCGUUAUGAAUCUCAAAACCAACGGUUCAGAUUCGUCCGACGAUAAGCAAUCGGAGAUAUUACGGUGGCUCGAUGAGCAGCCGAGUAAAUCGGUGGUGUUCCUCUGUUUCGGGAGCAUGGGAGGUUUCAAUGAGGAGCAAGCGAAGGAAAUCGCAGUCGCGCUUGAGAGAAGCGGUAACCGGUUCCUCUGGUCUCUCCGUCGCGCUCCGCCGAAGGGAACGAUCGGUCCUCCCGGAGAAUUUACAAACCUUGACGAGAUUCUCCCGGAAGGAUUCUUAGAUCGGACGAAGGAGAUCGGGAAGAUAAUCGGCUGGGCCCCACAGACAGCCGUGCUGGCGAAUCCGGCGAUCGGAGGAUUCGUGUCGCACUGUGGAUGGAACUCGACGCUGGAGAGUCUCUGGUUCGGCGUUCCGAUUGCCACGUGGCCGCUUUACGCGGAGCAACAAGUGAACGCGUUCGAGAUGGUGGAGGAGCUAGGGCUGGCGGUGGAGAUACGGAAUUCUUUCCGGUCAGAUUUCAUGGUGGCGGAGACGGAGUUUAUGACGGCGGAGGAGGUAGAGAGAGGGAUCCGGUGUGUGAUGGAGCAGGAUAGUGAUGUGAGGGAGAGAGUGAAGGAGAUGAGUGAGAAGAGCCACGUGGCAUUAAUGGACGGUGGAUCUUCGAACGAUGCUCUGCUAAAGUUUAUUCAAGAUGUCACUAAGAAUAUCCCUUGA